GUUGCAAGAGCAUUCACGGGUUUCUUUGGUUUCUCUUCGUUUAUUUUUUUAUUUUCGCUGAAUGAGACGCUGCAGUUCAAUGCUAUUUAUGAAUUUGACUUGUACACUUUAACGAAAUUGUUAUAAACUUAAAAUUAAACAUUAGAUAUUGAACUAUUUAUCUAUAUUUUGUGAGUCGAUAGAUGAAUUCGGACCAUUUAAAAAACAAAACGAAAACAUAUUAGUACAGUGGCUGCCAUAACGUCGAGUUUUAUCUAUUGUUUUUCCUCGUCGUCUUCAAAAAUAAUCUUGUCAUUAAGUGACAUUUUUAUUUUUAGACAGUGAAACGGUUUAGUGUUAUGUUGAAUACUUGGAAGAAGGGGGAGAUACUUCUCUUGAUGUCAAGACAUCUUUGGCUCAACGUGACACCGACAUUGACAUUGAAUGACAUUUACUCAACAUUUGAGGUGUAAAUUAAGAGUAGGGACUAAAUGUCAGCAAUUAAGUCACUUUAAAAGAAGCUAACCUAUGUAUAUGUUUAGCUGCUUUUGUGGUUAUUAAUUUAAAGCUCUAGGAAACGAGGAAAGCUUUCCUCUUGCAGCUAGCUAAACAUGGAGUACCUACGGACUUUAAAACCUCUGUUUACUAUUUCCAAACACUGGACACCUAUCAGGUGUAUUCAGGCCAGAUAUUGUUCUAAAGUAGCUAAAACCACGGUCGGUACGAGAGAGCAGAGGACUACUGUCGACAAGUUCAAGAGUCAGAUAUCCUCUGGGCCAAGUUUUCAAGAUUUCAUCAGGGGAGUUUCAGUUAACGAGGUCCGUCCUGAAGAUGGAGACCAGUCAGACAGCUACCUCCCUGAAGGCCUGGAGAUGGGGAACUCAAGGAAAGUGUAUUUUGAGACCUACGGGUGUCAGAUGAAUGUCAACGACACAGAGAUCGCCUGGUCCAUCCUGCAGAAGAAGGGAUAUGAACGCACGGUUAAUCUAAACAAGGCAGAUGUUGUCCUCCUGGUUACGUGUUCUAUAAGAGAAAAGGCAGAGCAAACUAUUUGGAACAGGCUAAAACAACUAACGGCCAUGAAGAGGAAGAAAUUAAAGACCCACACACCUAUGAAAAUUGGGAUUUUAGGCUGCAUGGCAGAGAGGCUGAAGACGGAGCUUCUGGAGCGGGAGAAGCUGGUCGAUGUCCUGGCCGGUCCCGACGCCUACAGAGACCUUCCCCGUCUCUUGACUGUAGCUGACGGCGGUCAACAAGCGAGCAACGUGCUGCUUUCUUUAGAGGAGACCUACGCUGACAUCAUGCCCGUCCACCACGCUCCUCAGGGACACAGUGCUUUUGUGUCCAUCAUGCGCGGCUGUGACAACAUGUGCAGUUACUGCAUCGUUCCCUUCACCCGAGGGAGAGAGAGGAGUCGACCCGUCACCUCCAUCCUCGAAGAAGUUCGUAUGCUCUCUGACCAGGGGGUGAAGGAGGUGACGUUGUUGGGUCAGAACGUGAACAGCUACAGGGACACGUCGCAGGAACAGUUCUGUGGCUCCGACCGGACCAAGCUCAGCCGGGGCUUCAACACCGUCUACAAAACCAAACAGGGAGGUCUGCGCUUCUCCGACCUGCUGGAUCAGGUGUCGCUUAUCGAUCCGGACAUGAGGAUCAGAUUCACCUCUCCACAUCCCAAAGAUUUUCCCGAUGAGGUUUUGCAUCUGAUUGCAGAGCGAGGGAACAUCUGUAAACAGAUCCACCUCCCAGUGCAGAGCGGAAGCAACCAGGUUCUGAAAGCGAUGCGUCGUGGCUACACCAGAGAGGCCUACCUCGAUCUUGUGAAGAACAUUAAGCAAAUCAUUCCAGGCGUGAGCCUCAGCAGUGACUUCAUCUCCGGUUUCUGCGGCGAAACCGAGGACGACCAUCGUCAGACUCUGUCCCUCAUCAGGGAGGUCGGCUACAACGUGGGAUUCCUUUUCGCCUACAGCAUGCGAAAGAAAACCCACGCCUUCCAUCGGCUGAAAGAUGACGUGCCCAGAGAGGUGAAACAACGGAGGCUGGUGGAGUGCAUCAGUGCAUUCAGAGAAGAAGCUACGAGGGUCAACGCCGCUCUGAUCGGCAGCACACAGCUUGUCCUGGUGGAGGGGGAAAGUAAAAGGUCUGCAGCGGAUCUGUGUGGGAGAACUGACGGCAACACGAAGGUGAUCUUCCCCAGAGAGGAUGCUGCUGUUCAGAGGCCAGAGUCUCAGUCUGCUCCCAUCAGAGCUGGAGACUAUGUGCUGGUGAAGAUACUGUCGGCCAGCUCCCAGAGCCUGAGAGGUCGAGCCCUCGGUCUCAGCUCCCUGAGAGGUUCAGCGACACCAUGUGAGACUCUGCAGACUAUGAUGCACCGGCUUGAUGAACACGUGGUGUCAGAUACAACUCUGUCAACACAUCACUGACCGACACAGGUGACACGACAUCAGGCUGACUUGUGUUUCUUUGGUUAGCUCAUGUUGCUCAUCUAAAACAAUCGGACGUCUGUGAUGUGCCAUCGACACCAAAUAUGUGUAUUUAUAUGUAUAACUGCUGACGUUACUAAAAACCUGUUCAUGUGGACGAUGAAAACAGUCACGACUGGUGUGUUUUAUGGGAAGCUGUGUGAAAAUGUCACAGAUCAGCACAUUGGCAGAAUCGCUCCGUGAGCCACAAAGUCCAAAACUUGGGGAGAGAAUUUGUCCGAACGUCAGCAGCUGCAGAAAGUGCUGUGAUCUGCUUUGGAAAAAAUAUGUUAUUUUCAAUAAAGACUGAGGUGACAGCAGCAAA